UCCUUUCAUAUGUUGUUAGGUUUCGGCGUACUAACCGAGCUGAGCUGUUAUUAAGCGUAGUUGGGCGUGAAUCCUCCACCAUAGAUAGAAUCUACGCUCGAAAGUAACCCGCGACCAGAGGCGGUCAAUUCCGGAUUGGUUGUAGAGAUUUCGGCUCGCCCAUCGAGCGCCAUGGCUUUGUCCUUGUACGACUUUCUGCGCGAUCCCAACGCCCCGCCCUCGCCUUUCGAAGAGCCGACUGGCCCCCACGCCCAGGCUUCGAACACCCGUCCCAAGGGAUUGCGCGAAUCCAUGUUUCAACAAUUCCGGAGCGACCGUACGGCUACUUUGCCCGUGGCCAAGAAGAUGUUGCGCCGUGAACAGCACGAUCGAGACCGGAAGAACCAACGGGAAUGGCUGCUCGAGCAACGCCGAGGUCGACCCCCACCGUCGAGUCAGGAUGAGGUCGAUGACAGUCCUGGUAGAUCAUCCCCGGCACGGCCGGCUCGAGCUGCACCCGUGGUUAGAGCUCGCGGUGCCCAGGACCGAUUGGCCCAAUUGCGAGCAUUUCAGGCCGAACGGGCCCAGAAACGUCAAGCGGGUCAAAAGGGAAUCCGACCCCCAUUUCGCGUGGGCGUCUACAAGCUGACCCAAGACAUUCAGCAAAAUUUGGCUCCAGUGGAAGGCGCUGAGAAGUCAACUUUGAAGAAUGUGUCAUCGCGUAUUGAUACUCAUCGCAAAGGCGCCCGUCCCACCCCGGCUCGCCAUCCCAUAGUGUCUACGUCCAGUUCUAAGGCUAAAAAGAGUUUAUUUAAUAAAAGCACGCCCAAAAAGACCCAGCGUGCCUGGCGAGCGGCCUUGGUUCAGGGCGGUAAAAACUAUGUAAAUUCUCUCAAGACUGGCCGACCAAAGGCCGACCUAGCCAUCACCUCGGUGGUAGCACCCGAAUCCGAUGUUAUCCAAUCGGCACCUCAGAUUCCCAUAAAGCUCGAUCUUCUGACCGAAAAGCAGGACUUGUCCUUGAAUUUGAUUGCGGAAACCCCUGAAGUCAUUACCUCGUCGCCUGUGUCCGAAGAAAGGGAGACCCACCCGGCUCUAAAAUCGGCCAAACGACGUCGCUCGUCACGGUUAGCAAAUAAAGUUCGACCACCCUCGCCCUUGUCCGAAGCCGUUAUUCCCGAAGAACCCGAAGAUGAUGUUGAAGCAGUGGUAUCGUUCAAAACCACCCACCGCGAUCUACAAACCCCUACGGAAGAGAGCAAAUCGUUUUUGCCUUCUACUUCGCUGACCCCUUUUAUUGCCGCUAUGGAAGUGUCGAAAAAGCCAGACCCAGUUGUUCCUCCCCCCGUGUGCACGGAAGUGUCUCAUGCAAAUUUUCAAUUUCUUUCGCCAUCCGUGGUGGGAAAUUUCAAAUUUACUGCGACACCCAAGGCUCCUCUCGACAAAGAUGGUUUCAAGACUCCAAAUAUGCGUUCCUUGGGCGGGUCCAUAAAAUCUCGACGAUCUAAGCGCAUGAGUGAGGCGUGCGGUCUCAUCGACCCCUUGCGGAAAGAUGUCCUAUUUCAACGAGGAUCCAGCAGUGCCAAACGACGUAUCCGAAAAGGCCAAGAUCCCUACGUCGAUCUGAAGGACAUCAGUUUCGAUGAUGUUCCCGCAGAUCCGUUCUCACCAUUCCACAAAGUCAUGCAGAGUCGCACCAAAACGACCCUUGAUCCCAUUUUGACGCCCCUGGUUAAUCACGGCGGCUCUCCCCAAGUUCAACGCGUCACCCCCAUCCCCAAGACACUCGCCAUGGAGUUUGAGCAGAUCAAUCAAGAAGCCCCAUCCAAUCCGGGAGCGAAAGACGUCAACUAUUUUCGGAGUCUCCUGAAGACCGAGACCGACAGAUUGGCGGCUUUGUGUUGCCAUUGGGAAUCGAAAUUAGAAUCGUUGGCGGCGGAUGCGAAUUUCUCUGAAGAGACCACGGGUCAGAUCCGGUCUGUGAUUGGCAAGGCCAAACUCAUGUCCAAUCGGAAGGGUAGAUUCGAACAAUUCGCCACGUUGAUCGACAAUUGCGAGUUCAAUCGAGGAGAACAGAAGACCACAUGCAUGGAUUUACAAGGUUUUUGGGAGAUGAUUUACUUCCAAGUCGAGGAUAUCGACGAAUUAUUCAAGGAACUCAAUACCUUAGAAGCGAGUGGAUGGAUGGAAGCGGUUGUGGACCACACCGCCCCUGCCAAGAAUGCGAUAGGCAAGAAACUGUCCAAUAAGCGUACCAACUUGGCCAAGAAUCGAAAGGCCAAAUCACCCGGAAAGGCUACGGCUGCUCUCAAGGAGCUCAUGGCCAACAAACGGAAGUUAAUGCGAGAUAAAACUCAAAAGAAUGGUCAGCCCAACCUGUCGGCAAAGGAUAGUCUUCAACCUGUAGACGCAAGCCGAAAUUCGCCUGAGAAGGUCUUUGAUGGUGGUUUCUUUGCUGUCCGAAGUCCCUUGAGGAAAUUGUCGCCCAAUCACUGUGGGCCGAACUCGAACCGUAAAAUCUCCAUGUCGGCCGAAGCAAGAACUCCCAAGACCUCGGGAAUCUCGUCCAUGACUAAACGAGUGACGAGGUCGAGCCAGAGGCUUUCCUCGCGGCCUACGACGGCUCAGACUCUUCAAUUCAACGAAAAUGAGGAACCGAUGGUCUAAAGUCCUGGUGUCAUUUUAGUAACACGUAUGUCUUUUUUUUCCACCAUCAUUCCUUACCCUCUUCUUGAAUAUUUUUGACCCUUUAAUGGAACUAUUCUUUGACCAUAAUUUUGUACUAUCUUUCCAUUGAUAUAAAGAAACUUUCAAAGCCUCAAA